GCACCGAGCAUCGCCAAAUCGAAGCCAUUUGGCUGUGUGAAGUUGGAGAUGGGAUACGCAAGGAAACGAGAAAAUAGACUUUGCGCGCUGUCCAGCCGCCCGCCCUCCGCUUAACCAUGGCCUCUCCAAUGGCAGCCAGCGCAUCCUCCGACGAGCGCACCAAGCUGAUUUGGUCGCGCGUCUACCAGGAGCUAAUCCAGGAUGCCGUGCCUGAUGCGCGCUUCAACUAUGACUUCAUGGCCUUCACGCCCGACUUCAGAGGCUCUGCUGCUGCGGUCGAGCGCUUGGCUGCCCUGCCCUGCUACCACUCUGCCCAGGUCAUCCUUGCCAUGCCCGAUAAUAGCCUUGAAUGCUUGCGCGCCCGCGCCCUCAAGGAUGGCAAAAGGCUCGUUGUGGCUACAUAUCGCUUGCGCAGGGGGUUCCUCGUUUUGGACCCGGGGCGUAUCGAUGCAAGCAGAUACGAACUAGCCGCUUGCCUCGAUGGCAUGGAGAAGGCUGGUGCCGGCCGGCCCGUCACGCUCGCCCAGAUGCGCGAUGAGGGUCUUAUCAUCGACAUGUGCGUCAUUGGCGGGCUCAUCUUCAACGUCCAGGGCGUCAGUGUCUGGGGUGGGCAGAAUUUGUUCGAAGUGCAGUGGGCGAUGCUGCAAGACCUGGGCGUACUACGCCACCAGGCCCCUGUCGUUGCCAUUGCCCAUGCCUCCCAAGUGGUAGAUGAGGCUCGAAUCAGCAUGGAGACAAUCAAACCGACCAGGCCAGGAGAAGUCCAAUGUGACUUUGUCAUUACCCCGCAUACUAUUUUCACAGUCACUGGAGCCGUCAAGCCUACAGGUAGCCUCGACUUCGACACUGUAGAUCCAGAAAGCCUUCAGAACAUCCCACCACUACAGGAACUGCGGGGUAUACGCAUGAUGGAGACCAUCAUGCAAAGAAAUGGCUUCGCACCUGAGCAGAGGCCCGUGCCCCAGCUUUCUGCUGAGGAACAGAUGGGCAUUAGCAUUGUAGACAGGCUGAUGCAAAAUCAUAAGAGUUGAGCGACGAAAUCAUACCUACCCGACUCUGUCGGCAGCAAUAUCCAUUCACACCAUUAUCCGACCAGUGUUUCGUCGUGAGUUUGCUUGUCGCACUUGCACAAGAUACACCUCCAGUAGGAAUGAGUAUGCUGCACAUCGCCUUCUCUGCAAUUGCAUGCAGUCGUUAGAU